AUGCUGCCAUUCUCGAGAAACGGUCUCUCUACCUCAAGGCAGGAUGCCGAACGCCCCGAUUACGAAGCCUCUUCUCGAAGCAAGUCAACGUUCCGUUCAGUCACAUCAAGCGUCGCCAGCAGUAUUCGCAGAGGCACAACAGCAUUCUCGGACUGGAUACUGGACUGGACACCCUUCUGCAUGGUCUUUACAUACUUCGUCGUGACAACUGCGAUCUUUUGUAUGUGCAACGCGGCAGCUAUCAAGGUGUUCUAUUUUUUCUACAUGGCAGCCAACUUCUACAUCGCCGCUGCUUGCGUUGUCGAGUCGUUUCUUGGUAUGACCCCUGUACGAGAGGCACGCGCAACCUCGAUGGAGGUCGAGAAGAAUGGAGGAUUCUUUCCAAGUGACUUGAAUGGCAAAGUCAAGGAUCUACCAAUCAUCGACAUGGUCAUUGUCGCGUACCUUCCUAACGAAAAGGAUAUCAUUCGGAAUCAAGUCUUGUACGCCUGCGAGGAAGUGGUCUACCCCAGGGACAAACUUCGAAUCAAUUUGGUCUACAACACUCCAAAGCCAAUCGAACCACUGGAGACUGAGCUCUCUCUGCUGCCAGAGCAGUACAAGAACCUGCGUGUGAUCAAGGUUCCGGGCUCUAAAUCCAAGGCUGACAAUCUCAACUACUUCUUCAACAUAAAGUCCGAUGCUGAAGUCAUUGGCAUCUUCGAUUCCGACCACUGCCCUCAUCCACACAAUCCCAGAUGGGCAGCCGAGCGCUUCCUGGCUGACGAGACUGUCGACAUCGUUCAGGGACGCUGCAUCGUCUACAACACCAAUGAAAGCUUCUACGCCAAGAUGAUCGCAGUCGAAUUCGACAAGAUCUAUGCCAUCUCUCAUCCGGGACGUAGCAGGAUGUUCGGCUUUGGUCUCUUCUGUGGCAGUAAUGGUUACUGGAAAGCACCUCUACUUCGAGAGCACAAGAUGCAUGGCGAGAUGCUCACAGAAGACAUCGACUCUGCACUUCGCGCUUACGGCAAGGGCAAGAGAGCUGUUCACGACAUGAACGUCAGUUCGUUCGAAAUGGCACCGAAUACCUUCGCCGCUUUCUGGAAGCAACGAUUACGAUGGGCACAAGGCUGGACUCAAGCUUCCUAUGUACACAUGCCGCUGGCCUGGAGGAACCCACCAAAUGGCAAGCGGGGAGCCGACGAACGUUUCGGAAUCGUCUCCCUCCUUCUUGUUCGAGAGAUCAGUUACUACCUCGUCUCCAUGCACACCUGUCUUCUGUUGAGCUUCAUCAUCACGGACUGGCCCCGGAACGUAGGCGAAUUCGUGAAGCUGAUCUUCUUCCGGUACCCCAUGGCCGAAUGGUUCUUCUUCGCCACCGUCAUCGCCUUGCUCUUCACGUUGUACUUCACCGAGAAAGUGCGAUCGGAGUUUACUUCAAGAUGGUCUAUGCUCGUCUUCUCGAUUGUAUACAUCCCUUACUUGAUCUUGAUGGCGAUCAUGGGUCUGUAUGGCCACGCAAGACAAAUGAUCAAGUACUCCAGCUGGAAUCCGACGGCGCGAAAGUGA